CUGCGCAUGUACGGAAUUAGGUACACAAUGCUGUAAUCUCAAAGACGGAACAAUAUCCGUGGCAACUUGAUGCUGUGAACGAUUGACGGGCAGGUUGUGACUGCCUCUACUCCUUAGCCUCAUGGAUUUCUCCCGGUUUCUAGCGGAGGACUUUGAAGUUAAGGAAUGGGUUAACGUGGCUUUUAAGUCUGUCCAGAAGGAUGCACCGGGGAAGGUAGACACUCACGCUGCAACUCUGGUAAUGAAACUACAACUAUUUAUUCAGGAGGUGAACAACUCUGUAGAAGAGAGCAGUCACCAAGCCCUACAAAAUAUGCCCCGUGUUCUCCGUGACAUUGAAGCUCUGAGACAGGAGGCUGCAUUUCUGAAGGAACAAAUGAUCCUUGUCAAAGAAGAUAUCAAGAAAUUUGAGCAGGACACAGCACAGUCCAUGCAGGUUCUGGUAGAGAUGGAUAAAGUAAAGUCACGUAUGCAGUUGGCUGCGGAGUCUCUUCAGGAAGCUGAUAAGUGGAGUACACUUAGUGCAGACAUAGAAGAAACAUUCAAAACCCAGAAUAUCACGGCCAUCUCAGAGAAGCUGACCAGCAUGCAAGUGAGUCUCACAAUGCUGGUUGAUACUCCGGACUACUCUGAGAAAUGUGUAUAUCUGGAGGCUCUAAAGAAUCGACUUGAAGCCAUUUGCAGCCCUCAGAUUGUGGCAACCUUUAACAGUCAGUCUAUAGAUCAGGCCAGAAUGUUUGUGAAGGUGUUUAGCGAGAUUGACCGGAUGCCACAGUUAUUGGCCUAUUACUACAAGUGCCACAAGGUGCUGUUGGUGACCGUAUGGCAGGAACUCUGUCAAAGUGAAAUACCUCUAGACCGCCAGCUGACAGAAUUCUAUGACACGUUGUUGAGUGCCUGGCAUACCCAGCUGCAAUGGGUCUCACAGGUAUUUAAGAAGCCACAUGAAGUGGUGACUGUCUUGAUGGUUCAGACAUUUGCAGCAAUGGUCCCUUCAAUUCCUGUGUGCCUUAGCACGGCCAUGGAACGAGCAGGCCCAGAGAGCAAACUCAGCACUUUACUGGAUCUCUAUCAAACAACAGUCCACUUUGCCAAAUCGCUGGAAGCUGCUAUUAUGCCAAGUAGCGGUGACUACAAUAUGGCAAAGGUGUCGGAAUUGGUUGAGGCAAUAUAUGGACCCUACAAACCUUUCCAACUCCAGUAUGGCAACCUAGAAGAGUCUAACCUCCUCAUACAAAUUAGCGCAGUGCCUUUGGAACAUGGGGAGGUUCUAGACUGCGUCCAGGAGCUUUCUCAUUCAGUGUCUCGUCUGUUUAACCUCGCUACAGGGGCUGUAGAAAGAUGUAUUAGUUUAACUGAUGGGCUGGGAGUGUGUAGACUGCUGCAGGCUCUCCAGUCCCUCUUUAAAAAGUACGUCUCAGACUUUACAAACACACUACAGUCAAUAAGGAAGAAGUGCAAAUUGGAAGCGAUCCCUACCGAUUCCCUUUUCCUGGAAGACUGGACAGCCUUUCAAAACUCAGUCAGGAUUAUAGCUACUUGCGGGGAGUUGUUACGUCAGUGCGGAGAGUUUGAGCAGCAGCUGGCCAGCAGGAUUCUCUCCACAGCUGGGAAAUAUCUGUCUGAUACCUACAGUCCUCGCAGCCUGUCGGGUAUCCAGGAGUCAAGUGCUAGCGAUCGCAAGGCCUGCAGAAACCCCUGGCAAGAGUACAACUACCUCCAGAAAGGAGACCCUGCAGAAUAUGCUAACCUGAUGGAGACGCUGUUCAUGCUGAAGGAGAAGGGAGCAGUCAGCACCAGCCUUCUUCCUGCUUCACGAUCAGCUCUCACUCGGCAAAAUCAGAUGGCGCAUCAGCUAGCCUUCGAUUCAGUGUUUUUGCAAAUAAAACAACAACUUCUUCUGGUUCCCAAGAUGGAGAGCUGGAGCUAUGAAGGUUCAGGAGAGACCCUUACGGAUGACUUGCCAACGUUUAGCCUUACUCCAUUUGAAUACAUCAGCAAUAUUGGACAGUAUCUCAUGUCCCUCCCUCUGCACUUGGAGCCUUUUGUUACCCCCGAAGACUCCUCCUUGGAGCUUGCAUUGCACGCUGGGAAAUUACCAUGUCCUCCUGAACAAGGUGAGGAGAGCCCUGAGUUAGACAACAUGGCAGACUAUUGGCUGGGAUCUCUGGCCCGUGCCACCAUGCAAACCUACUGUGAUGUCAUCCUGCAAAUCCCGAUGCUAACACCACACUCCACCAAGCAAUUAGCAACAGAUAUCGACUAUCUGAUCAAUGUGAUGGAUGCCUUGGGAUUACAGCCUACUCGGAAUCUCCAGUACAUUGUGACUUUACUGAAGACAAAACCAGAAGAUUACAGACAAGCUGCCAAAUCAUUGCCCAGGAAACUUACCUCUUGUGUGGCAGCAAUGAGAAGCUUUGAGUAUUAGCUUUUAAUAAUUUAACUUUUAUUUCCAAAGGCUUUAAAGGUGCCGUAAAGAUGGACAUUUACUGACUUUCCAAGUCUAAAUACUGUAAAUUAUGUUUCCUAAUAAAUCUUUAAAUAUUG